AUGAGCCCUGCUGCAGAUACCAGUGAAGCUCCGUCACAGCGGAAGAUGGCUGAACAUGGCGCGGAAAAUGGGACCAAUGGGAGCUUGAAGGGUGAGAAAAAAUCAUUACCUCAUUAUGUUGAGGGGAAGGGCAGUCGAGUAGAUCCGCCUACGGCACAAUCCAACGGCGAGACUGACCAACGCCCAACCAAUGGAGACGAUGGCACAAAUGGGCAACGGAAACACGAUACGACUUUGACACGGCACCUUGUUCAUGGAGGAAACAAAAUGGUCGACAUGGAAUGCGAGCAGGGACUCGGGAUCAUAAUCGAGCAUUCACCAAACAACGGAGACACUCCUGGCCAGUUGUCGGUAGUGGAUGUGUAUGAUGGCCCCAAGGUCAAGGCUGCUUUGGUUGAGUUAUCUAAUGAUCUGUCUCCCCGGCUACCAGAGGACAAAGACAAGGUCAUGAAAUUGUCUCCUGAGAAAAUUCAGGAGCUCACGUCCACGCCAGACUCCAUACCUUACCGUCCCGUAGGACCAGAAACAAACACUGGAAGGCGAGCAACCUCGCACAACACCCAUGGGAAUGGUACUUUCGCAAGGCCGGAGUUACCAGAGUUUGUGCUUCAGUCAAUGAGCGAAAAGCCGUCGCCCGUGGACGUGCCGAAAUUGCGGUCCACUCAAGAAGUGUUACUGGGAGAUGCUUCUACCACGGCGAGUCAAACCUUCCCACUGAAUACUCAAAAUUCCUCCCUCCGUAAUCGACCGCAGCCAGCACGAACAGCUUCCACUCCGGGCUCCACGCGGCGUCAAUUGCCCGUUACCCCAGGUAAUGGCCGACUAACCCAGACAUGGGCAGCGCGUUCGAAACAGGACCGACCCGCGCUGGACCGCGAGUUGAAGGGUCACCUUAUUGCAUCACCUCAAAUUAUAGAAUCGCCCAUGUCCACACCCUUGCCAUCGUCUAUCCCCUUACCACCAGUUUCUCUGCCAACCUAUCUUCAGCUUGAGCUCGCUUCUGGUCGACCUUCACCACUAUACAUACACCGUGAUGCGUCCAACGACUUCCCCUAUGAAUCAUCACGAGUCAAGAUCGAGAGACUCAUGAACUUCAUUAUGCUUGCACCUAUGCUCGAGCAGGUGCUUUGCUUUGGGGGUCUUGCUUGCCUUGAUGCAUGGCUUUACUCGUUCACGAUAAUGCCACUGCGGUUUAUCAAGGCUGUCUAUAUCUUGGUCGAAUCAUGGGUGAUGAACCUGGGAGCUGAGAUACGGUUCAUUUGGAAAUUCGUGCUGAAUGGGAUUGGUCGAGUAUGGCGUCGGAGGAAUCAUAUUGUUGAGGAGCAGCGUGGACGCCGCGAAAGCGAAUCUGACACCACCCCUCAUCUACCUCAGGGCCCUUCUAUGGGUUCAGAUAUAGCACCAGAUAGAGACUCCAAACAGUCACAGCCGGAAGGACCAAGAAGGAAACAUCGGUCCUCUGAAUCCCGCAAACAUCACCAUAGGCGGAAGAAGUCGAUGCCCUCGGCGCUACUUCCAGACGACAAAGCGGAUAUCCUGACAGGCCUAUUGACAAUAGCCACCUGCUGUGUUUUGAUGUACUUCGAUGCAAGCCGAAUGUACCACUGGAUUCGUGGACAGGCUGCUAUCAAGUUAUACGUUAUCUACAAUGUGUUGGAGGUCAGCGACAGGCUCUUGGCUGCCAUAGGCCAAGAUGUCCUGGAGUGUCUUUUCUCGCGGGAAGCUCUAGAGCGUCGUCCGGACGGCCGAAGCAAGAUCAUCCGUCCAUUCUGGUUGUUCCUGGUGGCACUGGUUUACACAGUAUCUCAUGCACUGUCCCUGUUCUACCAGGUCAUGACCCUGAAUGUGGCAGUGAACUCAUACUCCAACGCACUGAUUACGCUACUUCUAUCGAACCAGUUUGUGGAGAUCAAAUCCACCGUCUUCCGCAAGUUUGAGAAAGAAAACCUCUUCCAGCUCACCUGUGCGGACGUCGUGGAACGGUUCCAGCUAUGGUUGAUGCUUACCAUCAUCGCUUCCCGUAAUAUCGUGGAGACAGGCGCAUUCAAUUUCGUCGGUAACCUGGGCCUGGGAUCUAGCUUCCCAGGCCAGUCCACCACAAUCAACAACAGCACACCACUGUCCACGCCUCCCCGCACAGCAUCAUCCAUCCUCCCUCAGGCGUUCACUCUGUUCCCAUCCUCUAUCCUAUCAUCCUUCAACAGCGUCAACUCCUUCAUCCCAACCAUAGCCCAAGUCCUAGGCCCAUUCCUAGUCGUUCUAGGCUCAGAGAUGCUAGUCGACUGGCUCAAACACGCCUACAUCAACAAAUUCAACAACAACCGUCCAGCCAUAUACGGCCGCUUCCUCGACGUCCUAGCAAAAGAUUACUACACCAACGCCUUCGGCGAACAAAACCUAACCCGUCGCAUCGGCCUACCCGUCAUCCCUCUCUCUUGCCUCUUUUUCCGAGUUUCCGUCCAAACCUACCAAAUGUUCCUCGCCGCCCUUCUCCCCCAACACCCCUCCUCAACAGCAAACGGAGCAACAUCCCUAACCUCAAUCCACAAUAAUUAUGCCCCUUCCCCAAUGACCUCAGCCCCACCCUUGACGUUCGCAACUCUUCUCCCGGCCUCCGCCGCCCACGUCAGCGCGUUAUUCCGCACACUCCUCGAAAACGCAAUUCCGUCCCCGGCACAGUCGGUACAUAUCUUUACCGGCAUCUUGCUACUGACCGGAUUCAUCGUCCUGCUCAUCUUGAAGCUCUUACUGGGGAUGGCUCUGCUGGCGUUUGCACGCUCCCGGUACAGGAAGAUGAAGUGUCGUGAGAACGAGCGCAAACAGUCCUCGAAUCACCAGUCUGGUACUGAGAGUGGGGCACCUCGGACUCGGGAUUUCUAUGUUGAGGGCAGUCAGCGCGUUGGCGGGUGGGGUGUUGUGGAGGUUGGUGAUGAGAAGAGGAAGUUGAUCUAUGCGGAUGAUCCGGAUGGAUUGAAGCGGUUGAAAGAGAAGGAGGAGAAGGAUAAGAGUAAGGAUGGGGAGUUUAAUGUUGAUCACGUACAGCGGUAUGAGAUGAUUGCUAAGAAGAUUUGGUGA